GAGACAGCGGCGGCCGCCGGGGCACGCGGUGCGGAUAAGAUGGCGGCGGCUCCCCUGGCCGGGCAGGCGGGGGUUGUGCUGAGGGACCUGGCCCUGAGAUCCGCCCGCUUGCGGGGCAGCUUCCCGGCUGUUCAAUUAACCCCCAGACGAUGGCUGAACCUCCAGGAGUACCAAAGCAAAAAACUAAUGGCAGACCAUGGGGUUACAGUUCAGAGAUUCUUUGUAGCUGAUUCUGCAAAUGAUGCCCUGGAGGCUGCUCAGAGACUGAAGGCAAAUGAAAUUGUUCUGAAGGCACAGAUUUUGGCUGGAGGGAGAGGAAAAGGUAUUUUCAAUAGCGGGUUAAAAGGAGGAGUUCAUCUAACUAAAGACCCUAAGAUUGUUGAACAGCUUGCUAAACAGAUGAUUGGGUACAAUCUGUCAACAAAGCAAACUCCAAAGGAUGGGGUGAGAGUUAAAAAGGUGAUGGUUGCAGAAGCACUGAAUAUUUCCAGGGAAACAUACUUUGCAAUUUUGAUGGACAGAGCCUGCAAUGGACCUGUGAUGGUUGGCAGCCCACAGGGUGGUGUUGACAUAGAAGAAGUUGCAGCUACUAGCCCAGAACUUAUCUUUAAGGAGGAAAUAGAUAUUUUUGAAGGCAUAAAGGAUCGUCAGGCACUGCAGAUGGCAAAAAAUCUGGGAUUCAAUGGACCUUUGCAACAGCAGGCAGCAGAUCAAAUUAAGAAGCUGUAUCAUCUUUUCUUGAAAAUUGAUGCCACUCAAGUUGAAGUGAAUCCCUUUGGCGAAACUCCAGAAGGGCAAGUUGUUUGCUUUGAUGCCAAGAUAAACUUUGAUGACAAUGCAGAAUUUAGGCAAAAAGAAAUAUUUGCCAUGGAUGACAAGUCUGAAAAUGAGCCUAUAGAGAAUGAAGCUGCCAAAUAUGACUUAAAAUAUAUAGGACUGGAUGGCAAUAUUGCUUGCUUUGUCAAUGGAGCUGGCCUGGCAAUGGCAACCUGUGAUAUAAUCUCUCUAAAUGGUGGAAAACCAGCCAACUUCUUGGAUCUUGGUGGAGGUGUGAAAGAAGCACAAGUAUAUCAAGCAUUCAAGCUGCUGACUGCUGAUCCUAAGGUUGAAGCAAUACUUGUAAACAUUUUUGGUGGGAUUGUUAACUGUGCCAUUGUGGCCAAUGGUAUUACCAAAGCCUGCAGAGAGCUUGAGCUGAAGGUACCACUGGUGGUCAGACUGGAAGGAACAAAUGUUCUUGAGGCUCAGCGUAUCCUGGAUGAGAGUGGGCUCCCUAUCACCUCUGCAAAUGACCUUGAGGAUGCAGCAAGGAAGGCAGUGGCCAGUGUGGCCAACAAGUAACAACCUGGAGAUAUCCUGAUGGGAAGUGUCUGGCUUUCACAAGACCUCAUUCCUGUUCUUACUUCAGAGAGGAUUAGUGGAUUUUUUUCUAAGCAGUCCUCAGUGUUGGUGGACUGGAUCUGGGACACGUGGCAAACUGGGGCCCUAGGCUGGCAAGUUAGUCUUAAGAAAUUUUACAGCUCCAUUCUUGAAAGGUUUGUCUGUGAUUGUAUAAUUUUGGUAAUUCAGAAUUGUAUUUGUUAUUCAGAAUUGUAAUAAUUAAGAUUUUGCAAAGCCCUUUUUCAUUGUUCCUUCCAAAUUUGUCACUGAUAAAUUCAUGAUAAGAUACAAUA